AUGGCUGGUCAGAGGAAUAACUAUGGGAAACGGUCCCAUGCACAAACAGACUAUGCGGAUAAUGGAGGAACUAAGAGACGGAAUCCUGGUGAUGAGAGAGAGCAGUAUGCUCCUGGACCAGAAGAUACUGUAUACCGUUUUCUCUGUCCUGGAAGAAAGAUAGGAAGUAUCAUCGGGAGGGGAGGUGAGAUUGUAAAGCAAUUGAGGGCGGACAGUCAAUCUAAGAUUAGGAUUGGUGAAACCAUGCAAGGGUGCGAGGAGCGUGUCAUCACUAUAUUUAGUUCAAGCCGGGAAACCAAUACAGUUGAAGACACUGAAGAUCUUGUUUGCCCAGCACAAGAUGCUCUUUUUAGGGUGCAUGACAGGCUUGUUGCUGAUGAAGCACCUGCUGAUGAAGAUGAUGAAGGGUCUAAACAAGUUACUGUUCGUCUGCUUGUACCAUCAGACCAGAUUGGGUGUGUUAUUGGUAAGGGUGGGCAGAUAAUCCAAACUAUACGCAGUGAUACUGGUGCUCAGAUUCGCAUUCUAAAGAAUGAACAUCUGCCUCCUUGUGCGAUGAGCACUGAUGAACUGCUCCAGAUAACCGGGGAAGCUGCCAUUGUCAGGAAGGCUCUCUAUAAAUUGUCGUCUCGCCUUCACGAUAAUCCCUCUCGAUCUCAGCAUAUGCUUACAUCUGCCAUGUCCAACAUGUAUCAGUCAGGUGGCACGUUUAUGGGUUCAAAUGCAGGUCCUAUAGUUGGUUUAGCUCCUCUGAUGGGUCCUUAUGGUGGAUACAAGGGUGACACAGGAAGUGAAUGGUCCCAUGCUUUUUAUCCUGCUCCAAGAGAUGAAGCCGCAGCAAAGGAAUUCUCUCUUCGUUUGGUUUGUCCAACUGGAAAUAUUGGAGGAGUUAUUGGCAAGGGUGGUUCCAUCAUCAAGCAAAUCAGGCAGGAAUCUGGGGCAUUUAUCAAAGUUGAUAGUUCAGCUUCUGAGGGAGAUGAUUGUAUAAUAACUAUCUCAUCAAAGGAGUUUUUUGAAGAUCCCGUCUCUCCAACAAUUGAUGCUGCUGUUCGCUUGCAGCCAAAAUGUAGUGAAAAAUCUGAUAAGGAUUCAGAUUCCUCUAUCACUACCCGUCUGCUUGUUCCAACCUCACGUAUUGGUUGCCUUAUUGGUAAAGGUGGGUCUAUCAUAACUGAGAUGAGGAAGCUCACACGAGCAAACAUACGGAUACUUUCAAAGGAAAACCUUCCAAAAGUUGCAUCUGAAGAUGAUGAGAUGGUGCAGAUCACCGGAGACCUUGAUGUUGCAAGGAACACUUUAAUUCAAGUGACUACACGGUUAAAGGCCAAUUUUUUUGAGAAGGAAGGUGCAUUAUCUGCAUUUCCACCAGCUCUUCCCUAUGUUCCAAUGUCAGCAGAUAUUUCAGAUGGUUCUAAAUAUGGCAGUAGGGACACUAAAUCACAUGGACGUGGAUUAUCCUAUUCCUCUGGUUAUGGUGGUUCAAGUGACAUGCUUGCUAGUGAUUCAUAUGGAAGUUAUGGUGGAUCACAGAGUGGAGCUGGGGCUUAUGGAGCAUAUGGUGCUUACUCUUCGGGCCGUUCUGGUAGUGCGGGGUUAUCUGGUUCGAACCCUGUUUCCCAUGGGAAACAUCAUUAUUAGGUGUCCCCGAUGAUUAGGGCCUACAGCUUGAGAUCUAUGAAGCCUGAAGCCAGCCUACUGCCUCUUUGAUGAAGCCUCCAGCCUAGACCAGAAGACCAGAUGAACAGGAUUUGAGAAACUAUUGGCCCACCUAUGAAGCUUUGUUUAGGAGGACCAACAUUAUCCGGCGAUGUUAGUUACUAUUCAGUCCUUUUGCAGCCUUGACACCAUAAUUGUGUGCUCUCCCAAGCGCCUAUGUAACCAGCAAGCCUUACAAGUUGUGUUGAGUAUUUUGAUUAAUGUGUAAAACUAUACUUGUGGUCCAAGAGUAUCUCCCUGGUGGUUCUGUUAGGAUAUCGGCUUAAAUUUUAAAAUUAGAUCUCAUCUGUAUCUGUCCUCUCUUCCUGUCAAGUAAUUGAAUAUGGAUGCAGUGGUGUGCUGUGGUGUAGGAUUAGGUGUUAGAGCCUUGGAACUAUAGAGUGGUAGGUCAGAUUAAUUUGUGGUGGAACCAUCAUUGUGUUUUAUGAGAUGCAGGCAGUAAUGUUGUGAUGAAUUAUUAUGUAUUGUACUC